GGACGUGCUUCUGUAUAGAUCAAUCCUGCUUACCUAGGUACCUUCAUUUACCUUGCCUUUUUUUACACCAGCUUCUCUGUCAUUUUAGUACCAGUCAUAGCACCCACUGCCACCCCACCUCAACCGCUCUUCAUUGACCAUUCAUCAUCAGCCUCGUCGACAUGUUCCCCAGCUUCGCACCCCGCCACAUCCCAGGCCUCAUCGUCGCCUCGACCAUGACAUUCGGCGGCAUGUGGGCAUUCCUCAACACCCAGGCAGCAAUGCUGGAGUUUGGGUUUCCCGCCAGGAUAGCCGAGGCGCCCGCAGCCGCCCCGGUGAAGGUGGUCGGCCAGGCCCGCGGGACUGUCAUCGGCCUGCUGGUCUUCACUUUCUACUCCCGGAGCCAAUUCGACCAGGUGGAUCUGGCCAUGGCUGUGACGGGCACCUAUUGUGGCCUGGUCGACAGCUAUGUUGUGUGGAAGGAGGGAAACCCUCGCAAGGCGCUGUUCCGCCUGGUCACUUCUGGCCUACUUGCUGCCUGGGGAUGGGCUGGCUGGACCUCACCCUGAGGCUAAGUAGCUGCCCAGGUGAUCCAUAUGAGACCGACUGGCGAAAAUGAUUAUCGGAGGCGGAGAGUACUGUGAUGUUUGGUUGACAGCUGCAUGUAGGACACCCUGCACCAUUAGGCUGCAAUCGGCAACAGCUCUAGAGAUUUCUUUCGGCUCAUCCAUGCCUACAUCCAUGACCUGCAGUUCUAUACCUCCCCAUCAUUUCUUCAAGUUAUUCUAAGCUUGGUUAUUAUGGCAAAUUCUAUGAGUAGACUAAAUCAGACCGGCCAGCGGGCAUCCAUAUGACCAACCAGAUCUAGAGACUCUUAGAGAUAAUCUGCCCUCCAUCAUACCCGACAAGGCUGAACAGAUAGAGAUUCUCUACGCCUAAAAGGCUG